UGAAGCUCGUCACUUCGGAAACAAUGUGAACCGUGCAAAUAUUUUGCCGGUUGAAUGACUCGGAAGGCUAACGAAAAUGCUGGCACAGUACCAUCGAAGUGUUCGGAUAAGACAAUGGCUUCAAUCACGGCACACUACUGAGAAGAGUUGAGAACCUGCACAUCAUCUUUUGCAUCAUUCUGCCGGUGGACCCUGGCAAAGUGAUUAUUCUUCAAGAUAUUUUUGUGCCCUUUGCGUUGACGUGGAAUUUCCUGCGAUGUAGGAGAAGGGGAGAACCGUCGCAGGUAGAACUCGGAAGUGGGCAUUAAGAAGCGGAACUGCCCAAAGAAGAGCAAGUAGUUCAUGCAGCUGCAAUUUCGCCUGCAGAUGUAUUUCUUCUUCGUCAUUCCAAAGGAGGGUGUAUCUGCAUCCUUCGCAAAUCAACACCUACCCAGCGACUCAAAGGAGCGGAAAACUCAGGUAGAGGAUAUAGUUUUUGACGUAGUGACUUGGUUUUGAAUGGGAUCGGACGAGUAUUCUUCAAGCUUUUGAGAUUUCGCUACUUCAGCAACUGAUGGAGCAACGGAUUGGUACCAUGAUGGCGAUGAGCAUGUUAUUGGUGUCAAUGCUGGCACUGUGUGCUUGGCAAGUGGAAUCAGCGUAUUACAGACCUCCGGAUAUGAAGACGUACCACCCUGUGAUCGGAGUGCUGACCUUGCCGGAACCGAGGUGCUUACAGUAUGGUACCCAAGUGAUCGCCACCUCCAACGCGCGCUGGGUGCAAGCUGGUGGCGCUCGCGUGGUGCCCAUCUUCUACGACUCCAGUCCGGAGGAGCUCGACUACAUCUUGAGCCGCGUGAACGGGGUGUUCUGGACCGGUGGAAAUGUCGACUUCAAUCCGCACACCGGAUCAACUAACGGCUCCAGAUACUUAAAGACGACGGAGUACAUUUUGAAGUAUGUCUUGCGGGAGAAUCGUCAGAGAAACUAUUACCCGCUAUGGGGCACCUGUCUGGGCUUCGAGCGGUUGCUGCAGUUGAUAGCGCGAGACGAGAAGUCGGUUAUCGUGGAAAAAUUCGACGCAGAGAACUACGCCAUCAACUUGGGCUUCACCGAUCCCGCCUGGGGUAGUCGCCUGUUCCGGAGCAUGAGCGACGAGCUUUUCACGGAGGUAGCCUCACCCUUAGGGCGGUUGGCAUUCAACAACCAUGAACUGGGCAUCCACCCGGACGCGUUCGUGAACAACACGGAGCUCAGCAAGCACAUGAAGGUGCUGUCUGUCGACCUCGACCGCAACGGCAAACCGUUCGUGUCCACUGUGGAGGGCAAGGACUUGCCAUUGUACGCGACCCAGUGGCACCCGGAGAAAGCUCCCUGGGAGUGGAACCCCCUGUGGAAGAUCGUCCGCUCCGACUCAGCCAUCAAGCUCUCGAACUAUUUCGGUCGCUUCUUCGUGAACGAGUGCAAACACAACAAAAACAAGUUCGAGAGUCUGGAGGCCGAAGACCGAGCGCUUCUGCAUAAUUGGGUGUCCAUUCCCUCAAGCGCCCUCUAUCGUCUAGAUCAUAAGGUCCACACACUCUUCACAGAAAUCUACUGCAUUGAUCGGAAACAGGUGAACCAGUUCAAUCCAUCCUCUAGAACCGCGAAGAGAUUGAAACGGCUGCCGCUCUUUUGAGAGUAUUACUCUUUUGCAGGUGUUUUAAUAACUUCGUAAGAUGUUAUCGUUUAUAGAGGAUCUUAGAUUAACCCAGGGUGUUCAGUAUAACCUGUUAGUUAGUAAGAGGCAUAGUUAUCAUCUUCUAGAAAGUGAAGCAAAGAUCAUCGCAGAGAGUUUUGAAGUCAUAGCUACUGUUAGUUGACAAGCUAAGUCUCUGAAUCCAGGUCCUGGCUUAGUUUCGGAUGGAGAGGAAUGUAACCUCCUGCAAGUUAAAGGUAAUAUUCUUAGUAUCUUUUUUGUUGAUCCGGAGUAGUAAAAGCAAUUCACAUGCACUUUGGGUAGGCAUGUACAGCUCUAUCCUGAGGCCUAUGCUUUUCCCAUG